AUGUUCGACGUCAUCUGGGUCGACCCCGACCGCGAACUCGUCGGCGAGCAUCGUGCGAAAAAGGAAAUCAAGCGCGAACUGAAGAACAAGGAGAGAGAAAAGGAACAGGAGAACUCAAUUCUCAGCCGCUCGAUCUCCGUCACAAGCACUCGAUCCUCCACAGAAUCUCGUUUCGCCUUUCUUCGACCUCGAAAUGACAAACAUGGCAAGGGCAAAGAGAAGACUCCAUCAGGUCUUUUGACCCCAAGUCAUCACUCCUCCCGCUCAAACUCGGGGAGCUACCAUCGCUCGGCGCUUAUGGCAAACCUGUCGAAUGUUUCCAUCGGAGCAGAACGAGCACACAGAGCAAAUACACCGGUUUCCACUGAUGCGUCAUCUUCACACGUUGUUAAGCGCAACGGAGUCUCACAGCCUCGACAAUCCGACUUGGGGAACCCAGACUUGUGUUCCGAGGUUCACGGCUACUCUGAGCUAGAAGGUGAUCAUCCUCCCACGCCGACGGGUUCAAUGGGAGAUAGAAACUUCCCUAUCCCGAUACUCCAGCCAGAGUCACCCAACAGUCUCGUACCAAGUCUCAAUCUUGCCAAAGAACCGAAAGCUCCCAUCGUAAUCAACUUCCGACCCAACGAUCCCGACUCAUGGCGUCCCCCCGAAGAAUGGGAGUACAUCGACCGACAAGCAGAAGAGGCCCAAAUGCUUGAGAACCAGGAAGAUGUUGAGAUGACCGUCGGUGCAGAAAAGACAGUUCAAGCGAACCCUUGCACAGACUUCGAGGCUGUCAAACACCAAGUCAAGAUUAUGGCGGCUUCAAGUCCCAGCAUGAUCCUUGCGCGUAUCAAGGACAUCUGGACCGUUACCGACGAAAGACUCCAUGGAGAGUUGAACAUUGAGCUAAAACGUUGGAUGCUUUCUGUCCUGCACUGUCUGGACAUUGAGGUGAGGGAUAGUGCUGGUGUUGCUUGCGUUGCCACGAAUAUGUCUGACAAUCUUGGGGUACUGGCUCUCUACGAAUCUGAAACAUCUUUCCAAAACAAAGAGCUUCCGAACAUUCACCCGGUAUUGGUCCCAUCCAUGACUCCCUCGACACUCCCAAUUGACCUGCACUCAUUCACCCUUGUAUAUUCGCUCUCUUUACCCGUCGUGUGCUCUUCACCUGAGAUACCAGGGGUACUCAAGACCAUCAGCAACCGUCUUCGAGUCGGUGGUUCCCUUCAGCUUACUCUUAUCGACCCGUUGCCGUGCGCAGGAACACUCGGUCAUCGAAUGCGAACGUGGCUUCAAGAACAUCUACUGAUCAACCUCGAGCGACACUUCAAGUGCACGAACCCAAGUAGACUGUUCCCAGAAUGGAUGGGUGAUGCUGGUCUGCGCGGCCAAGGCAGCACCCUCACAACUUCGAAAUUCUACGCUGUUUCAGCGAGCAUCCGGAGUCAAGCCGACGACAGCGAUCCCUUCAUAGAAAGAAGCCCCUCCGAGAGAGAAGUGAAAGCAGAAGUUCGUAGCAUCAUCGGUCGUCUGCUCUGGAUGGAAGUCUGGGGUAGUUUCGUCACUGGGGAUAAAUGGUGGUGGGAACACGAAGGCUGCGUCAACGAGUGUCUCCAGCUGGGCACAGUUUGGGAAUACCACAUGAUAGAUGGCGUAAAGGAAGGUCAAGAGGAUAUUCCACAAGAGGUAGAAGACCUUGAGAACUCGGAACACUAG